AGCCUUCCCUGAGGCACUUGUUAAGAAUUUCUGCAGAAGUCCUCUGCCUUUAAGUGGGCCCGCAUGACGUCGUUUAGCAUUGAACUGUAGAAGCGGGCUCCAAAGCUGCACGCAAAAACAAGAGGGACGCGCGAAAGCAGCGUGGAAGUUCAAAAAACGCCCCCAGCAACAAUGCUUCUCAGGGUCAAACACUCAGUCCAGCGCCUGAAUAACUGCGCUCCUGUCCUGCGGAAGAAGACACUCGGGAGGUUUGCUUGGACUCUCUGUGCAGCAGCAAAGCGAAAUGCAGGUGAAGCAUCUGGGAGUUUCAAGUCGCACUUCCCCACGCAGUGCUGCAGAAAGUAUGCGUCUGAUGCUGCGUACAGCCGAGUCUUCGCGGCGGCCAGGGACAACCCCGAGAAGUUUUGGGCUGACGUGGGGCGCGACAUAAAGUGGUUUGAGCCGUGGAGUAAAACUCUGCACGUUGAGGAUCCGGUGUUCCCAAACUGGUUUGUCGGCGGAAAGCUAAACAUGUGCUACAAUGCCGUCGAUCGACACGUAGAAAGCGGCCGUGGAGAGCAGCCUGCGAUCAUAUACGACAGCCCGGUGACCGGAACUAAACAGAUCAUCACUUUCAGGGAACUUCAGGACCAGGUGUCCAGGUUAGCAGGAGUCUUGGUGAAGAAUGGGGUACAGAAAGGAGACCUUGUUGUCAUCUACAUGCCCAUGGUGCCACAGGCCAUGUUCACCAUGUUGGCCUGUGCACGGAUCGGUGCCCCACACAGCCUCAUUUUUGGCGGCUUCGCCUCUAAAGAGCUGUCUGUCCGCAUCGAUCACGCUAAGCCCAAGCUGUUGGUUACAGCCUCAUUUGGCAUCGAGCCAGGCAGAAGAGUGGAGUACAUCCCUCUGGUGAAGAAGGCCCUGGAGAUGAGCUCUCACAGGCCCACGAAAGUCCUCAUCUACAACAGGCCGAACAUGGAAAGGGUAUCGAUGAGUCGCGAGUUGAGCCUGGACUGGGAUGAAGAGAUGGCCACUGCUAGGCCACAUGACUGUGCCUCUUUGCCCUCCAACCAUCUGUUGUAUGUACUCUAUACAUCUGGGACCACUGGGACGCCAAAGGGUGUUGUGCGAGACACUGCAGGCUAUGCUGUGAUGCUGAAAUGGACCAUGUCAAAUAUUUAUGGACUCAGUCCCGGAGAAGUUUGGUGGGCAGCUUCAGACCUAGGCUGGGUGGUUGGCCAUUCUUAUAUCUGCUAUGGUCCUUUGCUACACGGUAACGGCACUGUUCUCUAUGAGGGAAAACCUGUAGGGACUCCAGACUCCGGGGCCUUCUUCCGUGUCUUGUCUGAACAUGGAGUCUCUUCAAUGUUCACAGCGCCCACUGCUAUCCGUGCUAUCCGCCAGCAGGACCCCCAAGCUACAAUUGGAAAAAAAUAUCCACUGACCAGGUUGAGGUCAUUAUUCGUGGCAGGAGAGCGAUGUGAUGUGGAGACCCUGCAAUGGGCAAAAAGGAACUUUGGAGUUCCUGUUCUGGAUCACUGGUGGCAAACUGAAACUGGCUCAGCUAUUACUUCCAGUUGUAUCGGUCUGGGAAACUCACUCACGCCACCUGCAGGCCAAGCUGGCAAACCGGUUCCAGGUUACAAUGUCACAGUGAUCGAUGAUAACAUGCAGGAGGUGAAGCCAAGAAGCCUGGGAAAUAUUGUGGUGAGAUUGCCUUUACCACCUGGGGCAGCAUUGUCUUUAUGGCAGAAUCACGAUCUGUUCAAGAAACUCUACUUCACAAAGUUUCCAGUGCUGCAGCACGCUGCAGUGGGAGACUGUGCUGUGGUAGGGCAAGAAGACUCUCUGAAGGGUCAUGUUCCUUUGGCUCUGUGUGUGCUUAAGAAUGGUGUGCAGAAAAUGGAAGAGGAGAUCGUAAGUGAGAUUGUGAAACUUGUGAGAGACACCGUCGGUCCAGUGGCUGCCUUUAAGAAAGUGCUCUUUGUCCGCGGGUUGCCAAAGACACGUUCUGGAAAGAUUCCUCGCUCCUCUUUAUCCAAUCUGGUCAAUGGCAAGCCCUACAAGAUCUCUCCAACUAUUGAGGACCCAGAGGUGUUUAAAGACAUCGAGAAGCAAAUAGAGAGAGCGUCCAGACACGGUGCAGCCUGAGUUCAUCAGUGGGAUGCCAACUGGACAAUCUGAGCAGUUUCUGGCAACACAAAAGUCACUCCAUUAAUAAUAAGUGUGAAAAAAUGCUCAUGCUAUGCAUAAAGUGCUGCAAAUGUGAGCACAAUUUCUCAGUGCAAUAAGAAACUUUUCUUGUUUUCUAAAUGAAGAAAAGGUAGACAUUGAUGUCUAGCCUUUGGAAAAUAUUCCAGAUCCACACAAGUGGAUUCAUAUUUGUACUUUGAAUGGAUCAUACAGUUAGAUCUAGAAAUAAUUAAAUAAUCAUUUUUAUGAUUCUGGCUCUUUAGGCUAUCAGAGAAGGACUGUCAUGAAACAAAAGUAAUGCAACUAAAGUGCAGACCUGUGUGUUUAAUGCAAGGGAGUGAACAAAAAUGUCAUAUGAAGCAUUUAGCAUUUGUUAAUGUGGUCACUUUAUGUUACUAACAAAGGCUAAAUCCAAAUGAAUGAACAGCUUUAGCUGGAAUGGCGUGUUGUUUGUUCUUGUUUUGAUUUUUGGAUACAUUUUGGCUGCCGAGUUGGCAUUUUGUGGUGCUUUUUCUCACAAAGGCAUCACAAAAAGGGGAGCAAUACCAUAAAAGGACAAAAGGUAAAUGACACACACACAAAACAACAGCUUGUAAACAAGCCCCCUAUACUGCUACUAUAUGUGUAUGUAAUUUUUUUUAAAAGUCCGUCCAAUUAACGCACUUUCAGGUUGUGAGAUCGAACUGAACGACUAACCCUGUGUUAUCAGAAUCAAAUUAUUAACAUUUUGAUGAAUGUUAUUAUAGUUAAAACUACAACUAGAGGUGAAAAAAGUUAACUGAAAUUCAAAGCUAAACUUUUGAAAAAAUAAAAGCUGAUAUGAUUGUGAACUUAAACUAAAACAAAAACAUAGGACGUAGUUUUAAUAUUUGUUAGUUUAGUAGUUUGUGAUUAGGCCUGUUUGUAAUACCUAUACAAAUUUUCCUAAAUCUUGCCCUGAGGAUAUAUAACACUGAACCUAAUAGAAACUAACCUAAAACUAAACAUUUUCAAACAAUACAAAUUAAAUGAGAAAACCCAAACUAACUGGAAAUCAAAAACAAUUCAUGCAAAACAGGGUUACAUUACAGAAUACAGGUGCCAUAUUCAUUAUAACAUCAGGGUAUUUUCGUAAACCACUAACAUAACAUAAAAUUGUUCUGCCCUUUGUAUACGUAUAGAAAACAACGUAAUAAUAAUGUGAAUGCAAAGUAUGGCUAUGUGAUUCAUGAAAAAUAAUGAAGACUCAUUCAUUGACAGUAUUUUUCUUUUUUUGUUUUAUUGACAAUGAAAAUUUGUUUGCUCACCACUGUUUCGACCAAAGUACAAGAAGUAGUAAAUUAAAAAAAAAAAAAAAAGGGGGGGGACGGGACACAAAAUAAAGCGAUUUGUUGUUCGUGCAAAUCGAAGAAAUUAAAAUGUAAAAUUAAAAGCUUUUAAGACUU